CAGCCCAUUAUAGACUUCACUUAUGGGCUCACUUGACUUAUAUAUUUUUGGGCCCAUUUUGGACUUGUAGCCCAACCCAUUAGAAAUGGAUGAGGCCCAGUUUGACAGAGAAGCGAAAUAACCAAAACAGCCUCGUUGCCUUGACUCAUGGGGACCGGCCCCUCUUAUGCUCUCUUUCCGCAUUAAUUGCAAUAUUUUUCGUCGUCUUUUUGGUUAAAAGAAAACAAGAUUUCAUACAGAAGAAGAGAGAGAGGAGGAGAAGGAAGGUAAACCAGAGAAUUGAGGUGAGCAAGAACACAAAGAAGAAUGAUUACAGAUCAAUGGACGCCUCCCUGCAACAGCCAAUGCACCCACAAAUACGCAGCUCUCAUGCAAAUCCCAUGGAGAGUAUUUUGCAAAAAAGGGUGUGAUGCUGAUGGUGACACAUGGGACGAGUGUUUAGGAGAGUGUGAUGAGAUGUGCUACAAAGACCCGGUCCUGAAGGACAAACAAUGGAGUGCUUAUAUUGAUCGCUCUCCUGGUUCUGCCAGCUACUCUGAGGAAUGCUUUCGUGCUUGCGUGGCCGGCUGUGGUUACAAGUCCUGCUGAGACAAUCAAUCAAGUUCAUUCAAGACCCCCGAAGCCUCCACCUGGAGAGAAACCAGCACCGCCUGCCACACCCACUACAGAUGAGAUGCCUAGCACUUCUGCAUAGUGAGACAAUUGCUGCUUUUGACAAACUUCGCACGGAGCCUAAAAUAUAUACACCUUCAUAGGACUGUCCUGGGGAAUUCUUUCAGGCAAAAGCAAACAACAGAAGAAUUGUAUUAUUUAGGUUCGAUAGUUUCUUCUUCAGGUUCACUGAAAUUAGGUUCACUUGUAUUAUUUAGAUUCCUUGGUCUCAUUUCAGGUUCUUUGAACUGAACUGCCCCAGCAUAAAACAGUCUGGGGAUUUUUUAUUUCCAUGAUGAAUUAUGGGAGAUAACCAAGAAUAUUCGCAUUUUUUAUUUUUCUUGGACUAA